AUGAACUCUACCUUUGGUAAGAACUCAUCCUGCUUCUCACAUUAUUUCUGAAUUCUUACUGAUUUCGAACCUAGUAGAUAGAUCUAGAAAAUGAUUUUAAGCGUGUGUUAUAAAAUAUACAAGGCUUGAGAUUUAUAUAACAAUAGAGGUUUCAAAUAAUAGAGACAAAGCAAAAACUGUCAGUCAUCAUGAGAAUAGAGUCAGAAAAAUAAAAGAAGUCCCUAAUCUACAGUAUGGUUUUAAGCCAUUCAUUAUUGAGAAAGAAAUUGAACUCGGAUUUGCUAAGCCAUGCACAAAUAAAGACAUUGAAAAAUAGCUAUAAUAAGCUAACACAAAGAGUUCGAAGUGUCUCAAGAGAUAACAGAUUAAAAUUCUCAAGCAUUGGCUAUUGAGAAAUAAACUACAGAAAACUAAAAUUUGAUAAGAUCAGGGAUCACUUACCACUCUCACCUGGAAGAAUUGAUAUCUUGCCUUCUACUUCUAUUAGCAAUGUUAAAUCCGAAGAUAAUUCUCAGCAAGUGUUGUCUCCACAACCUACAAACACACGAAACAAUAAACUACAGACUCUGCUUGGAUUAACAACAAAAAAGCCUGAUAUAAAUGAGGUUAAGGAGAAACCUUGAAUCCAUCACCUUGGUGCUAGGGAUACUUUCUCCCCUUUACAAAAAGAGCAUCAGAAAGCUAUAGACUUAUCAUCACAAAUAAAUAAUUCUUCAUUAAAUACUGCUCUUCCUUCGAACAUACAGAAUUUGAAGCACUUGAAGAAGCAAACUACAAUUAUGAAGGACAUGUAUUAAAAAAGCAAAACCUGAUCACUAAUCUUUCAAGAAGGAUGUCUAAGAAUGUAACAAUUGCUCCAUUCCAGAUCACUAAGAAGUCACCAUCAGGCCUUAAGGAAUAUAUCGUGAAGAGUAAUCACCCGACCUUGAAGAAGAAGUUUAUCAACAAGACCUUCAGCAAGUUGGAAAAAGAUUUCAAUAAGAUUGAAGUUGCUGAAAAAUAAGGAAAUUUUAGAGAAUAUCCAAGGAAUUCACAUGCAACUUGUCACUCUUGUGGAGAAAAUAGUUAACCAAGAAAGAUCACAAAUAUUCGGCAAGGAUAUUCUAGAAACUAUCAACCUCAACAGUUCAGCCUUAAAAAUAGAAAUACAGAAGGCAUUCACUGAGGUUAGUCAGAUCUUCAGACAUUUACUCAGAUCAAUGGUGAAGUUAGAGCCAGACAACAAUGUUGUUGUGAACUCUCUAAACUCUAUCUGGGAAAUUGUGACAUACUUUCUUGAUACUACUCUUGAUGUGAACACUCGAGAAGUAGAGACAGCAAUCCAAAAAAUCAAAGAUGAAUAUCUUCAAAAGAAACAGAGCAUAAAUGACUUUGAACUCAAGAAUAAUAAAAAGGAUGAGCAAAUAAAAAUACAUCUUCAAAGACUAAAGCAAGAGAAUCAAAGGAUUGGUACUGUUGCAAGAGAUAGAGAACAUCAGCUAAGACUUCUCUCGAAUCCUGAAGGGAUUAAAAAGUACAAAGAUCUCCUCACCGGAUUUAACUCUCUUCUUCAAGAUAAAUCUAAGGAAAAAGAAAAACAACUCUCUGCAAUGGGUGAAGUGUUAUCCAUGAUAGAAGAGUCCAAACUUGAGAUCCCAAAGUCUAACUGGGAUCCAGAGAGUAGAUCAGGACAUCGUAUCAGUCACAGAAAUCUUGAAAAAUUUAUGAAACACCAAGAAACAGUUUCUAUUCAUAGUCAAAGAAACAAGUCACCACUUCCAAGAUCUGAAAGAGAUGCAUUUACUCCAGUCAGCAGUCGAAACAAGUUGAGCUUCCAUAAAAUAGCUUCAGAGAGAAUUGAUAAUCAAAACCAGCUUCUAGACCACGAAAGUGAGAUUACUGAGGACCGGAGGCUAACUAUAGAGAAAGUUAAUAGAAUAGCUAAAUAAAUCGAUGUUCAGAAAACCUGAUCUCAUCAACGACUCUGAUACUUCAGAUAACGAAGCUGAAGGCGAAGGAGAUGAUAACGAACUUCUCUCUGAGAUCAAUACUGAAGUCCAAAAAGCAAUGAGGCAGGCAGAUAUCUCACGAUUCAAAGAAAACUUGGAAAAACGUAAAAAGGAGAUGGUAGAAUAUGAGAGAAGAAAGGAACUUACUAAGUCCAUGUCCAUACUUGAAUGUAGAAAAGAUCCCGAUAUAAACAAACAGAUCACUUCUUUUGCACUCGAGCUCCAGAUCUUAGAGUGCUUGAGAAUAAUUAAAGGCAAGGGAAAGAAUAGAGAAGAUAAGGAAGUCCAAACAACUCAGUAUAAAUACCUCCCUAACGAUGUGACAGUUGAUAUUGAUUACGAUAAUCUCGAUGACAGGAAAGAGAUCAUUGCUAUACGUCAAAUUGUCCUCCCUCCUAGAAGGAAUAGCAAUGACAGUGAAAUGGAUGAAGAUGAAAAGAUCUCUAAAAGAAGGAAGAGACGAAAGAGAAAAAAAAUGAUAACUAAAGGGUCAGUCAUUUCAAAUUCUACCAGAAGUAAUUAUGGAGUACACUCCAAACAUACUAUGGCUAAUGAACCAGGCUCUCUCGAUCCAAUAGAUGACCAAGAAUUCUAUGAGUAUGAAGAAGAGGAAGAAUCAGAAAGUGAAUUUGAAAAAUCUGAUUUUGAGCCAAUAGAGGAAGAUAUCCAAAUUAGACCAAAUGAUGACAAAGAUACCAAAAAGAGAAAACUCAGAGAAGCUUAUUUCCGAUUAGCAAAGCAAGCUUCUAACGCAGCAGAUUAUGAUAUUAUAGACAAAAAGCCUGAAAAUGCAGGACCAACAAAGAACAACCCAUUAAUUGAAAUUUUAGAAGUAGAUCUAAACCUCAAUGAGAAAAUUCUGCCAAUGCCAGAAGGAACUCUAUAUAAAUCUGUUGAAAAUACAUUAGACGAGAGAUUAUUCAAAGAAAUGGAAUGGAUUCUAAGUGGUGACCAGAAUUUGUUAAAUAUGCCACUCAACAAGUUCUUCUAUGACCAGCUGCUGAUGAAUUAUGGACUGAAAAAGCUGGCAAUUAAGAACAUCCAGUCUUUAUGUCAGGGACUUAUUUCUGUCUCAAAGAAAAACUACCCUUACGCAUCUAUAAUCACGAGGAUCCUUGGAUUCGAAUAUCCAUUUGAAAAGGACGAGAUCGAUGUCGUCCUCAGAAGUAGGAUCAUCUUCAAUGAGGCUCAGACUCAGUGGAGAACAAAUUGUAUUGAGAAAGGAAUCAGGAUAAAAGAUGACCAACUCUUCAAUAUUAAAACAGGCGGAGAUUGCAAUAUUUUCAGCCUGCUUGACUUUUUGUCAAGGGUACUUGACAAAGAGGGUGGACAGAAGAUUAUACCAAAAAUUGUUCCUUCUCUUCUACAUAAUUCUACAAUGCUCAAAGAAGUCAGAUUCAAGCUUAUGGUUGAAUUCUCUCUAAUGAAGAUCUGCUUAAAGAUGAACAAACUUGGAAAAGAUGUCAAAGGAAUGUUUGAAGCUCUCGAUGUCAACAAUGACAAAGUUUUAGAACCAUUAGAAAUGAUCAAUGGGCUUAAAAAUCGGUUUGGAAUCUUCUUCUCAGAUGAAGAAAUGGCAAGCAUGCUCCAAUUCAUCGAUGCUGACUUCUCUGGAGACAUCGAUCUGAAGGAAUUUACUACUAAAAUUACAAUGGGAAAUUCUAUUUUAAAUAAACUUCAGCAUAAUUUUGCUGCUGAUCCUAAAAAGCGGAAUUUAUUUAUCAUCAAUAAAGCUGAUUUCAUAAACAGCAUCUUGAAAGAGUACAGAAUUCGUAAAAUGAAGGACCUAGAGAUGAUAGAAAGAGAUUUUGAUCGACUUGAUAAGAAGAAGAGGGGAGAAAUUGGCCUCAGACACUUCAAGAAAUAUCUCAAUGAAGAUCAUACUUUAACACCUGAAAAGAUUCAAGAAUUUAUUGAGGGCUCAGAUUCAAAUUUCAAAUGUACCAAAUCUGAAUUCGUCGAAUGGGUUUUUAAAAAUGGAAUCUAUGGAUGUGGAAAAGAGUACCUGGGCAGCUAUAUCUUCAGUCAAAAUUAUGGGAAGCUGAAAGUUGUCCAGAAGAAGGAUAAAUAUAAUUUAUAAUUCAGUAGUGAAUA